GGAUUGCGAUGGCCCCAUCAUCCGAAGGUAUCGGUUAAUCGAGGCACCACCACCGCCUUCCUUGUGCAUUGCGACAAGCCGUAAUGGAGUAUGCACACAAUCUGCUAGACGUGCUGCGGGUACUGCCUGUGGACGCGCGGGCGGCGGCCUUCGGCGAGUCCUUUUCGCGGAGGCUCGCAGGCUGCCGCCUCGCCUGCCGCGAGCUGCAGCAGCUUCAUGACAGCAGCAUCACGCGUGUGCGCUUGCAGCCUCCCGCAGAGCAGCAGCCGGGGCUCGCUUCGCCUCUUGCAAAGUUCACUCGCUGCAGCCGGCUCGACGUGCGGUGCAUGUAUAAUCCUCUGAAGAUGACUUUCCUGGCCAGGGGUAGCUGGAGCGACUUACGGAACAAACUCAUCAACCCUAUCAACGCGGCGCUGGCUGGCACCACAUUUGCAGCGAGGGAGCAGAUAACGCACUUCACUUCCAGGGGCUGGGCGUCCAACCGGUGCGUCGCACAGGCUGUGGCGGCGCAGCUCCCCUCAUUGGAGGUGCUGGAGCUGGUGUGUAGCGAGGGCUUCGGCGCCUGCAACCAGCAGGGCGGCAUCUGCCGCAUCCUCGGCGGCGGCCUGCCGAACCUGCAGCGGCUGACCCUGGCGCAAGCGACGGAGGCUGACCUGGCGGACUUGGGUGCGCUGGCUGCCUGCCCCCAGCUGCGAGAGCUCGACCUGUGCAAGGCGUCGAUGAGCGGCCGCAUCACCCGCGCUGCGCUUGAGGGCCUUGCGCAGUUGCAGCGGCUGGAGCACCUCAGGCUCAGCAGGAGCGUCUUUACAGGCUCCAGCGAAUCUGAGCAGCUGUUGACAUGGCUGCUGACCAGCCACCGCCCGCCCCAGCUGCGCACUCUCGUGCUGGUGUGCCAGGACCAGACACCGGUGCUUGAGGUGGGCUUCGCUCCAAGAGUCGGCGCGGUCGAGGCGGAGGUGGUGGGCUGGGGCAUAAGCCGCAUUCAGCUGUCCACCGACCAGGCUGGGCGCAAUGAGCCAGUGCUUGUGUCGGCGCUCCUGGCAGCCGCGGACAGCCUGAAGCAGCUUACCAUCCCGCAGCUGGCCAUCUGCGACCAGCAGAGCCUCUGGCGGCUGGACCCUAUUGAGCUGGAGCCGCAGGCCGCACUGCCGCGGCUGCUCGCCCGCUGCGAGCGUGUGGAGGUGGACUGCCUGCCCUCCAUACGUACUCCAUUCCCUUCCUACAUUGGUAUCAAACCAGUGCUGCUGUCGGCGGCUCGACUGAUGGGGCUGCCGCGUGUGCUAAAUCUGCGGCACGGCAACCUGCUGUGCCGCGAUACGGUCAUCAGGACCAGUGGGGAAGCGCCGGUGGCGGUGGCGGCAGCUGCUAGCACCGCUGCUCAGCAGCCGGGUGGGCGGGAGUUGGGGCUAAUGCUGCAGCAGCUUGACCUGGGCAGCGGCACGUGGGGUGGACACCGCAGCGGCAGCGCUGCUGCCAGUGAUGGCGACAGUAGGCGGCUAUUGCACCUGGACACCGCUAGUCCGCAGGAUGUGUCGCGAGAGGCCGCGGAAUGGCUGUGGGCGGAGGCAGUGCUCGCGAGCAGCGCCUGCUGCAGCAGCGAUCGAUGCGAGGGCGCGGCGAGCGGCAGCAGCGGCGGUGAUCACGUUUCGCCAUCAGGGCUGCUGCUCCUGCGAGGCACGCUGCCGCCUGCCCCCGAACACGCCAGCCGCUUUGGCGGCAUGGACGAACCGGAUUGGGCCUACUGGCUGGAGGACGUGCUCAGCUCGUGGUUCACCGCAGCCGCGCUGCAACCGACGACGCCAGACCAGGAGCCGGCCAUUGCCGAUGAGGGACAGCAGCGUCUGCCUGACAGCAUCCGCGGGUGCAUAUGUGAUGGUGUGCACAUCGUGGUGCCAGAGGCAGGCAUGCUGCUGCUGGAAUGCCGCUCAGAUGCGGACGCGCUGGCGCUGGCCGCGAUGGUGUCAGCAGCUGGAGGCGCGGCUUCUCUAUCAGCGGUUGCGGCUUCAUCACCGGUAGCACGCUCAUCUGCUGUUAACGCCUUCAGGUCGGGGGUCCUCCAGGUGCUCACGGGACUGUGGGCCCGGUCUGGCGCGGCAGACAAUGCGGGUGGCGGUGGCGGCAGCAGCAUGGGCGUGCGUGGGGGCAGCCGGGUGAGCGAGGAGGUAAUGGGCCGGCUGGAGCGGCUGGUGGCGCUGGACCGCGCCGUUAUGGUGCUGCAAGUGCACCUUGCAUGUGAAGGCAACGAGGAACUCGUAACGCCGCCUGCAUAGGAUUUUCCGUAUGGAUGUGGUGUUGAGGUUUGAGCACGGAUUCGCAAUUCCGCAAUGUUGGGAAAUGCAGUUGAUGACGUGGGCGGGAUUGCUGUCAUAGGUGCAUGUGGGCGGCUUGUGGCAGGACAUACCAGGUCGCAGUGCCGGCCACAUCAAGCGUACAGGCCACAUCUAAUGGAAGGAUAGUCAGGAUGCACGUGGUGGAGACGUAGGGUACAUGUGUAGCCGUGUGGAGUUAUCACAGCAGUUCCCCACCGUACAAUCUGUGUACACUAGGCUGUGCCCGAGCAACACGUGUGGCGUCGACAACACGUUGAGCGCAGCCUUGAUCGCACCGGUACGCAACAUGAAUGUUGCAACGACUGUUGAAUGAUGUUGUAUGAGUAUUGACCGACUGAGCGCUCCGGCUUUGCGAAAUGCUUCCAUGACCACCGUCCUGCUGUUUAUAUCAAUGAACACCCUUUGUGGGAUCUAGGUUACGGUAGCGCGUAGAUAGUUUGGCACCUGAACUCGACUAUCGGUUCAUCCCGCAUCGCCAAUUCUGCUUACCAAAAUGGCCCACUUGGGGUUGAGCAUGCGGUAGACAAGGUGGUGAUGCCUGGGGCCUGUUUCGCGGCACUUUGAUGAUGUCUGCGUGCCACAUUCCGAGCAAAGUGAGUGGAAAGUACGGUAUAUGGGGUGGACGCAAGGAUUCGGAGACAUACCGUACGGGGUUACUACCAAGCUGGAGUUGUAAGUACCAGACCCA